AUGACGAUCUACGCUACUGAACAAAGUAACACCAUUGAUUCAGACGACGAAAGCGACCCUCGAAUGAGAUCAGCAAAAUGGAGUGUCGAUGAGCAGGAUGUUACGCUGAACACCAAAAACGCCAACGCCGAUCACGCUGUGACAAACGCCCAAUCCGAUAACAGCGAUUCCGACGACGUUAUAGUUGUUGGGAGCAGUGACAGUCGACCAAGUUAUCUCGAUAUCAACGAUUUGGAUGCAGUAUGUGGAAGCCUUUUAGAUGAUGAUAGCAAUCAUGUACCAUCAAAUGAGGAAGCAGGAGGUACUCCUGGUACAACACCAUCAUCAUCCGACGCAUCAACAGCAAGGAAGAGAAGACCCAAUGGUCGCCGUAGAAAGAAGAUUGAUUUUGGACCUCCUGCUGCCAUGAGCGAGAAUAUGGAACCCAUGUACGCUGUUGAGCGGAUAGUCAAUCACAAAAUCUAUCGAGGAAGAGUGGUUCAAUAUGAGAUACAAUGGGCUGGUUUUUCAUCAAAGGAGAAUUCCUAUGAGAAUGCAAACGACAUCCAUGAAGAUUGCCCAGAGUUUUGUGCCGCGUAUUGGGAUGAGCAUGAACCUCGACCACCCAAUGCACCGGGUUAUAGAAAAGAAGGGGAAGACGCGACGUCAGCAUCAAGGUCAAUGACAAUCGAAUCAUCACCAUCACAGCAACCUCGACCCGAUUUUAGAGAAGAGGAGCGGCGAGAUACAACCUCAGCAUCACCACCGCCACCACCACGUUCCGAGACUUUUGAACUUGAUGAUGCCGAGGGUGAGGUGGAUUCGGUAUAUCACAAAAGAGACAAUCACUCAUCCUAUCUCAAAGACGUACAACGAUCGUUAUCACCAUCACCAUCAUCUUUCAAAUCAUCCAAUUUUGGGAGCAGCAUGCUGGAUCAAAUCACACCAUCAAUAUCAACCCAACCAUCAAAGCAACAGGAGACUUUUAAUGAAAUGAUGGACAAUGCCACUGCACCAACAUCUCCAUUACCAACAACCCAUCCUUCAUCACUCUCAGAGAAACAACCAUCACCAUCGCACAAUCAUACCACGUUGAAAGACAAACCACCAUCAUCACUACGUCGUUCACCAUUAGGAGAAAAAGUGUCAUCAUUGUCACCGGUUUCAUUGUCCAAAGACAAAGCAACGCCAAAGGUGACUUUUAAGACGCCUGAUAAGCUGCCGAAUGAGAAUGAAAAGCCAACGCCACCACCAUCUACUACUACCAGAAACCAGCAUCAUCGCAACUAUUCAGCUCUUUUGGAUGGCAUCACCUGUAUACCACCCUUCUUGAAACGACAAGGAUUUAUAUUUGCCAAGGAUGCGGAUUAUCCAAACCAUGAUACCCACUGGACCAAGGAGAUGGAUAAACUCCUACAUAUCCAACAUAUCGAAACAAAAAACCAGUUACUCGCAUAUAUCAGCUGGAAAAAUGGCUACAAGACCGUACAUCCCGUUCAAGAACUCCAUUACCAUUGCCCUGGCAUUUUGAUUGACUUUUAUGAAGCACAUAUACAACUUGGUUAUAAUGAAACAAACACAUGA